AUGACAGUCCCAUGCCUGCCUUCCCUUCUCUUGAUCAUAAGCUUCGCCUUCCUAUUCCUGAUCAAGCUGGUAAAACCCCGUAAACCUCAAAAUUUCAAAUUACUACCCCCCGGACCAAAAAUGCUACCCAUCAUCGGAAGCAUGCACCAUCUAAUUGGAUCCUUACCCCAUCAUAUCCUCCGUGACUUGGCCAAAACCUAUGGCCCUCUCAUGCACCUAAAGCUUGGUGAAAUCUCAACUAUUGUUGUGUCUUCCAAGGAAAUGACCAGAGAGAUAAUGAAAGAUCAUGACAUCAAAUUUGCAUCAAGGCCCAAUAUCCUCUCUGCCAAAAUCAUGCUUUACGACCACCGUGACUUGGUGUUCGCUCCUUACGGAGAAUACUGGAGGCAGUUGCGCAAGCUCUUUGUGGUAGAGCUGUUGAGCGCCAAAAGGGUUCAGUCAUUUCGAUCCAUUAGAGAAGAGGAGGCACUUGGUCUCAUGAGAAAGAUCGGUUCCAUGAGCCCGUUGCCUGUUAAUCUAACCGAGUUGCUCCAUUCGUUUGGAAAUGACAUGACUGCACAAAUUGCUUUUGGAAACAAAUGCAAAGAUGUUGGCACUUAUUUGAAAGCAAUGAAAGAAGGAUUGGAGUUAUCGAGUGGAUUCUGCUUGGCUGAUCUUUUCCCUUCAUCGACAUUGAUUCGUUCAGUCACUAGGUUGAAGUUUAAGCUUGAGAAAUGUCACCAUAAGGUUGAUAGGAUUCUUGAAAGGAUCAUACUAGAUCACAAGGAUAAAAGGGGUAUGGAGUUCAAAAAUGCCGAAACUCUGGAAGAGAAUUUUCUGGAUGUUCUCUUUAAUCUUCAAGCACAUGGUGGGCUAGGAAUAUAUCUUACAGAUACCAACAUAAAGGCAAUCAUUUUUGAUGUAUUUGCUGCAGGCAGUGGAACAACUGCGGCAGCCAUGACUUGGACUAUGUCCGAACUGAUACAAAACCCUCGAGUUCUGAAGAAAGCCCAAGCCGAAGUAAGAGAAGUUGUAGGUUGCGAAGGCAAGGUAACAGAGGUCCACAUAAAAAAACUGAACUACUUAAAACUAGUAGUAAAAGAAACUUUAAGAUUGCACCCUUCAGCUCCCCUCCUGAUCCCAAGAGAAUGCUCAGAGCAAUGUCAGGUACACGGUUAUGAUAUACCUGCAGGUACCCGUGUCGUGUUCAAUGCAUGGGCGAUGGGGAGGGAUCCAAUGUACUGGGAUGAGCCUGAGAUGUUCAGGCCAGAGAGAUUUGAAGGGAGCUCAGUUGAUUUGAAGGGAACGGAUUAUGAAUUCAUACCUUUUGGAGCUGGAAGAAGAAUUUGUCCAGGAAUUUUAUUUGGAAUGGCUUCAAUGGAGCUGGUUCUUGCUAAUCUUCUAUUUUAUUUUGAAUGGAGUUUGCCUGAGGGCAUAAAGGAGCUUGAUAUGACUGAGAAGUUUGGAUUAGGCGCUCGCCGCAAAUAUGAUCUCAUUUUGUGUGCGACUCCUUAUGUUUCAUUAUAAAUUGUGUUCUCAAGGUUUCAAUUUCUCUCCAAAAGCCUGAGUAUUAUUGAAGGUUAUGCUCAAGCUAUGUUGCUUCUUACAUGCAUAUAUUUUGCAAUAUCAAAUGUAUUGUUUAAGAGUUUAUUUGGAAUUUAAUAAUCUAAUUUUGUUGGGCAUUAGCUUGACA